AUGACGAAGAAGAAAGAUACAAAGCAGCCUGCGUAUGCAUGCAGUGGUCGGAUCUCCCAUUUCACUUCCGUUCCAUUGAUUCGAUCGAACUUGAAGCGCAGCAGCCUUCCUCACCGAGCCCUCAUCUCAUCUCUCUGUGUCGAAUUCCGGCCAGCCACCGGCCCACCACCACACCAUACUAUCUCCUCUGACUCUCCAGCCUUCCUUCACCACGCAGCCACCGCCACGCCACCGCUCUCUCUCUCUCGCGAUCUUUCUCUCUCGGGCGAUUUUCUCUCACAUCACAGAACUCUCGAUCCAGCACCAGCACCGAAUAGUGCAGCUACAGUUCUAUAUUUAUUUUUUGGGCUGAGGUUAUUUUACAUUGCUUGGAGAUCAUCAGAUUCUAAAUCUUCCCAGAAGAAAGAAAUUGAAGAAGCUCAUUGGUUUUCCCUUGAGUUAGCCAUGAAAGUACUAGGCAUUUACGAGAAGUGGGAAUAAUCUCAUAAUUCAGAGUUGUUCUGAAUUGACUGCCUGCAUUAUUCCUGAUGUCUGAUCACUUUUUAUAUCCUUUUGUCUUCAUCGCGUUUAUGAGCUUACAACAUGAAUUUUGUCCCUUUGCCAGUCUAUUUUGUUAUUUUUGCUAUCUAAAUUUGUUUCCAUGGUGUUGUAACUUGUAACUAAAAGGUUCAGAUACUGCAAAAGUGCGAUUUCUUAUUAUCGAUGUGAUCAAGAUUUAAGUUGUUUUGUGUGUC